GUGGUUGUUUUAAGGCGCUGGAAGCCAAGUAUGGAAAAGUUUGAAAUAUUGCCUGGUAAUAAUGAAAGACCUGCGGAUGGAAAUUCUUUCGCCUCUUUGGAGGACAUUGAAAGGCCCCCUCUCAGAAAGAUCGAUAAGAUCUGUAAGACUUCUUGUAUGCGGAAGCGUUACACAAUCGCCAGCAUGGCCUUUGUGGGAUUCCUGAUUGCCUUCGGUAUGCGAUGCAAUAUGCAGGUUGCGAAGAACACAUUUACACAAGAUGGGACCAUCUUUAUGAACUGGACCGUUUCGAUGGAAAGUCAUGUGGACUCAGCCUUCUUCUGGGGAUAUCUGGCUGCUCAAAUACCUGGUGGUUUUAUUGCAUUCAAAUUUCCGGCGAAUAAAGUCUUUGGUCUAUCGAUUGUCAGCUCCGCCUCAUUGAAUUUGUUGUUGCCACUUAUCAUGACGCUGUUGCAUGGUCAUGUGCUGAUUUGGUUGCGUGUGUUGCAAGGACUUGUUGAGGGUGUUUUGAAUUCGGCUUGUCUUGGUAUUUGGCGCUUCUGGGCGCCACCCAUGGAACGCACUCGCCUUGCCACAUUGUCCUUCUCGGGAUCGUAUGCAGGCGUUUUUCUGGGUCUGCCUCUAUCUGGACUCCUGGCUAAUGCUUUUGGUUAUAGAGCGCCAUUUUAUGUCUAUGGCUUCCUUGGAAUUAUUUGGUAUUUCUUCUGGAUCUGGCUGAGCUUUGAGAAGCCGCGGAAGCACCCAGCAAUUAGCACAGCCGAGUUGAACUUUAUUGAGAAUUCGUUGGAGGAAUCGUCGACAUCUAGAAUAAGAGAGAGAUCGAUUGAUGCUACAAUACCCUGGAUUAAAAUCUGUAGCUCAAUGCCCUUUUAUGCCAUCAUUGUGGCAAAUUUCUGUCGUCAGUGGAACUUUUAUUUGCUGGUUCUGUAUCAGUCUUCGUUUUUGAGGCACAGAUUCAGUUUCAAGCUUGAUGAGACCGGUUUGGCGAAUGCUCUGCCCUUUUUAAUCUUGUUGGCGAUUGUGCCCCUUGGCGGCAUGUUGGCGGAUCUUUUACGGAAGAAGAGCAUCCUUUCCCCUACAAACGUAAGAAAGCUUUUCAGCUGUUGCGCUUUUGUCCUAGAGGGACUCUGCUUUCUCCGUCUGGCACAUUCCUCAACUGUAAAUGAAGUCAUGAUCGCUUUGCUUUGCGGUGUGGCAUUUAAUGGUCUAGCCGUUUCAGGUUACUAUGUGAAUUAUUUGGAUAUUGCGCCACGUUAUGCGAGUUUAUUGAUGGGUCUCUCCAAUGGCAUUGGCAUUCUGACUGGCUUCAUUGUGCCCCUCGUGAUGGACGCACUUAUUCAGGAAAAUCCCACUGGUUGCUGGACGACCAUCUUUACAUUGGCCGCUUGUGUUCAUUUGAUUGGUUGCAUCUUCUACGGCGUAUUUGCCUCGGGUGAACUGCAGCCCUGGGCUGAGCCAACUGCGGAGUUGAAUAACGAUUGCACUCGAACCAAACUCUAGGGUCGUGAAAUAUGAAGGAUCCAUUCAAUAUAAUGGGUUGAAAAUAGAAUUUUUUGAUGACAAAACUUUA